AACAUGCCCAAUGUCCGCGACCAUGACGCCUCGGUCUACCUCCGCCUCCAAGGGGACGCCCUGUCUGUGGGCGGCUAUGAGACCAACCCCAUCUUCUGGGAGGAGGUGUCCGACAACUUUGCCUUUGGCCUCUUCGACCUGGACUGGGACGUGUUCGGCCCACACAUUGAAGGUGCCGUCAACCGCGUCCCUGUGCUGGAGAAGACCGGGGUCAAGUCCACGGUCUGCGGCCCUGAGUCCUUCACGCCGGACCACAAGCCCCUCAUGGGGGAGGCGCCCGAACUCCGAGGAUUCUACCUGGGCUGUGGUUUCAACAGUGCAGGAAUGAUGCUGGGCGGCGGCUGUGGGCGGGAGCUGGCCCACUGGAUUGUCCACGGGCGCCCGGAGAAGGACAUGUACAGCUAUGAUAUCAGGCGCUUCCAUCCCCAGCUCACGGACCACCGCCGCUGGAUUCGAGAGCGCAGCCACGAGUCCUACGCCAAGAACUACUCCGUGGUCUUCCCCCACGACGAGCCCCUGGCGGGACGCAACAUGAGGACCGACCCCCUGCACGAGGAGCUACUCGCCCGAGGCUGUGUGUUCCAGGAGCGGCAGGGCUGGGAGCGGCCGGGAUGGUUUACUCCCCAAGGCACAGCUCCGGUCCUACAGUACGACUACUAUGGGGCCUACGGAAACGAGGCACACAGAGACUACGCCUACGGCCGCCUGCUUGGGGACGAGUACACAUUCGACUUCCCGCCACACCACGACGUGCUACAGAAGUGGGCAGCUGAGGCUGGUCAGACGGCGAACCAGGCCGCUCAUUGCCCCGGCCUGAGUGCCUGA